AGCAGCCGUAGCAGACGAUACCUUAGUUCAUUGUUAAUUACGCGGUUUGCUUUGGUUAUUUCAUUUGAAUACAUCUUACUAAUAUGCAUGGCAAAGCUUUCAAGACAAUAACUGUUGGUUGUUGUGGAAAGAACCGUGAAAGCAAUUAGAUAUUCACUUUCUUCAUUGGGGACUCGUGGUCUUCAAAUCUGUAGGCCACCACUACACCUUCACAUAGUAAAAAUAAUGGACGACGUCAUUCGCUUAGUUCCCAAUCUGCGAUUAAGUCAUGUUCACAUCAAGGAUUGGAAAAUUGUAGGAGAAAAAGUAACCCAGUUGAUUGUUGGAGGCCAUGAGAAGUUACAAGUGAUUGCAGAUUUUGACUUUACUUUGACAAAAUUUCACACCAAUGGGAUAAGAAAAUUAUCUUGCCAUGGAGUUGUCGAAAGCUAUUCAAAAUUGCCUCAACAUUUCAAAGUGAAAAGCCGUGAAAUGUUUAAUAAGUAUUACCCUAUUGAAAUAGACCAAAACAUAUCUGUAGAAGAAAAAAUUCCUCUAAUGAUUGAAUGGUAUGAUGGUGCUCAUGAGCUCUUAGAGAAUAGCAAUUUAUUCAAGUGUGACUUUGCUUUGAUGGUAAAAGAAAAUCCUAUCGAAUUCAGAGAUGGAACAUUGCAGUUCAUGAAAGAUUUGAAUGAAGCAAGUAUUCCCAUAUUAGUGUUUUCAGCUGGCGUAGGAGAUGUGAUCGACGAAGCGUUGCUUUCCAACAAUCUAACACAGGAUAAUGUUAAAGUGAUUUCGAACUAUAUGACAUUCGAUGCUGAGGGAAAGUUAGUUAAGUUCACUGGCAAGCUGAUCCAUAUGUACAACAAAAAUGAAUCGUCAGUUCCUCAUUCGUCCACGUAUUUUCAAGAUCUUUCACAUCGCCAUAACGUCAUACUGAUGGGAGACUCACUUGGGGAUCUUCAGAUGUCUAAAGGUGUCGAACCGCCGAGUACGAUUCUCACAAUUGGUUUUCUCAACGACAAGAUUGAAGAACGUUUGGCAAAAUACAAAGAAGAGUUUGACAUCGUCUUAGUGGAUGAUCAAACAAUGAACAUUCCCGAUUCCAUUCUGAAAUCUGUCCUAGCUAAAAACUGAAUGGUUUUUAG